UGAAAAGAACUACUUGUAUUAUUCAACUACAAGAGAAUCACCAUACAAACGAUAACACGGACAGAUGGUCAAACCGAAUAUUUUAAUGGGAUGCUGGAAGAAUACUUGCGACAUUUUUACUUGAUGUGGAAGAUCAACACGUGAGGCUGCGCUAUGAUUAUAAAACGGUGACAUUCACCACGGCGGGUUCCACCGGGGGCACCUAUCAGCACUUCACGAAAACUCUGCGAGCUCAACUGGCUAGUGGACGAUUGGUAUACUCAAUACCAAUACUACGCAAUCCACUCACCAUUCUGAGCGAUUCCCCUCUGUGGAACUCUGAUCAAACUGGUAGGACGAAUCCAUAGAGCUGGGAGUCGACGUCACCAACGCAUAUAUUGUGGCUCAUCGAACUGGAAACCAAGCCUACUUCUUAAGCGACGCUCCCAAGGCUGCAUUCACUUUUCUUUUCCCAUAUAUGAAGGAGCAGCAGAAUUGACACAGCUCCAAUUCGAUGGCAGCUAUACGAGUCUCCAAAACACUGCUGAUAAAUACAGAGAGGAUAUUGACUUGGUAAUGGGAGCGGUCAUCUUGGCGCUUCACAGGACGCCAGAAAACGAGCGCCAGAGCACCCUGGCUCGCUCCCUCAUCGUUGCCAUCCAGAUGGUUUCGGAGGCGCUGCGGUUUACCUACAUCGAGCAAUGGGUGUGCAAUAGAAUUGGGGGAGGGUAUAAAAUAUUUCGCCCAGAUGCCGCCAUGAUCAGCCUUGAGAACAAAUGGAAAGCCCUCUCCAAAGCUGUCCAAACAUCCAAAGAUGGAAUCUUUCCCAGUCCAGUCCAACUGCAAAAACCUGACUUCACCCCAUUCUUCUUGUCAAACCUAAAUGAUAAUAAACUAGCUCCAAACCUGGCCAUCUUGUUGUUCUACUGCGGGGCCGGGACAUCUGAUCCUCAUCAUUUCUCUCAAAUGUUGUUCACAAGGUCUGUUGUGGGAGACAACGACGAUGUUGACAGUGUUUGUUUGUCCUGGGAGCCCACAGCGCGCAUCGCCGGUCGAAAUGGUCUGUGCAUUGAAGUCACAGAUGGGUAAUACAACAAUGGAAAUGCAAUACAGCUGUAGCCGUGUGGACCCUGAAGAAAGACGGGACAGUUCAAUCCAAUGGUAAGUGCUUGACUGCUUACGGCUACGCUUCAGGCGACUACGUGAUGAUCCAUGAUUGCUCCAAUGCCGCGUCUGAUGCAACCCGUUGGGUAGUAUGGGGCAAUGGGAUAGUCGUAAAUCCCAAGUCAGUAGCGCCACACUCACCCUAACUCAUGUUGUUUAUGGAAUCUCUUAUACUUGGUUUCAAAAACAAAAAAAAGGAAGAAAAAUAUAAGAGUGCUGCAUGGACUCGUCGGCAAGUGGUCAAUCUUAGUCGAUGAGUAGAUACUAAGAGAUUCAAAAGUUCAAAAUUUUUUAGAUACCAAGAGUAGAAAAAUGGGGUUGUCGACGAGUGGUCAUAUUAGUCAACGAGUGGUCUUCUUUGGCUCGUCGACAAGUACCCUGUUCUCGUCAACAAGUGCAUUUAAGUUACAAGAAAAUAUUUGAAUUUUGAAUUAGAACAUUAGGGUGGUUGGAAAUUCGGAGGGAAACUUCUGCGGGAGUCUUAUUUAUGUUCUUCUUGGCGUUUAUUGACAGAGUGGGAGAUCAUUGCAAAGUGUAUUGUGUUCUUUGACACUUUUUAGUGAAAUUCUUGUACCGAUUGCUUCCGUAAAUGUAGGUUUUACCGAAUCACGUAAAUCUUGUGUCGAUUCUUAUUUGUUUCUCAAUCUUUUGGCUGUGUUUCAUUUGCUUGUUGUUGAUUUACUUAUUCCAAUGUACAUCAUAUAUCCGAUCAUUAUACAACAACUCAUUAAUUAUUAUCACAAUAUCCUUUUUACAAGCAACAAAAGAAAAUGCAAUAUUAAAGUAUUAUUC